AUGGCUCCACCAACAACAAAAGCGGACGCAGUCACCAGCGAAUCCAACCCUCAAACAAUCAACCUCACAGACCGCACCGCUUCUCACAAGCGCGACUCCUCCAUCCAAGACUCCGAUUCCGACCCAACGUCCUCCUCCGGCUCGUCAUCCGAGGAUGACAGCGAAAGCGAAAAUGGAGACGAAGAGCACUCAGACAGGGAGCUGAAUGGAGCUGGCGAUUCAACCGCACAAACAAAAACCGACUCGUCUCUACCACAUAUCGGCGGGCGCCCUAAGCCGCGCAUAUGUCGAAUGAAAGGCGACUCAGGGAUCUUGUCAAGGCUCAAUGCUUUCUUGCCGCAAAUGAAGAGCGCCAAUGAGGACUUGCAGAAAGAAAUAGAGGCCGGGAGAGCUAGUGAUCUGAUACUUGAUAACGCGGAGGGUAAUGAGGGGCGUUAUAUCGAGAUGGAUCUCGGACUCGGGGUUUUAGAAGAGAAGCGCGAUGGCGAUUCUUCUAGUGAUGAUGAGAGCGAUACCGAAGAGACUAAUGGUUCUGCAGAGGAUGACUCUGAUAUCAUUGGAAAGCUUAUGGGUAGGAAGGGUAAAAAGGCGGAGGCUGAUAAGCCCUCUAUUCAAGAGAUGGCGGAGUAG